GAUACUCCUCUUCUGGUGUGGGUCGGCGGUUCCGAGCGCCCAGGAUAUCGUGACGAGUAUCUCGGCGAAUACAUACGAUCGGAGGGUCGCGGAAAUGCGGCCGCUUUCCCGUGUCAUUGCCAGAGUGGCAGAGUCAGAGAGUACCGCUGCGAGAGCUGUGGAGGCCGACAAAUGUUGUGUAGAGAAUGCUGUGUCGCAGCUCAUCAGCAUCUGCCUCUGCAUUUCAUUCAGAGAUGGAAUGGCUCAUUCUUCGAGCGAGUUUCGCUCAAGUCUCUCGAUCUACUGGUUAAUAUGGGUCACGAAGACGGGAGCAAGUGCAUCUUACGACAGGCCGGACAUGCAAAAUUCGUCGUAAUUCACACAAAUGGUAUACACCGCGUCUCCGUUAAUUUUUGCGGCUGCGAUAAGAAGAUUCCCCAUCGUCAACAGCUUCUAAGAUACGGUUGGUACCCUUCCACUGUCGACACGCCCGAGACCGCCUGUACAGAGGAAGCCCUGGCGCAGUAUUCAGCCCUUAUGUCUCGAACAAAGGUAUCUCCGCACGGUUAUUAUCAGGCCCUCGAGAAUCUUACAGACCCCCUCGGACUUGAUGUACCACCGAGUCACUAUAAAGCAUUCCUUCGUGUUCUUCGUCAGCAUGGAUACAUAAGCCUCGUGAAGGAGGCUGGUCGCGGUAAUGUAGCCAAUGGAAUAGAAACUACAGGUCCGGGUGAGCUCGCCGUCGCCUGCCCUGCAUGUCCACAUCCGAACAUAAAUCUGCCCGAGGGUUGGGAGAACGCCGACCCGUCUCAAAAGUUUCUGUAUUGUCUUUUUCUCGCCAUGGACGCAAAUUUUUGGUUGAAGAACCGCGAUCGUGGCGGAUCGCCGUCCGAUAUUGAGCUAUUCAAUGGGUUAGCAUACUUCGUAAAGACGGAGCCAUACAUGGACUACGUUCGAGGUUAUCAGAGUCAGAAAGAUACGUCUACAUGCAGUAGUUUCCGAGCGAUGUCAGGCGUAAAUUCCAAGCUUUCGAAAGGUCUACAAGCGACGGGCGUCGGCAUGGUCAUGUGCGCGCGUCAUGAGUUCACCCUAGCCCUGGGGGUCGGCGAUCUGCAGGCUGGCGAACGGUAUGUUCUUAUCAUGUCCAUUGUAGACUGUCUGACCGUAGUACACAGUAACUGCAACAUGGACUAUAUAUUCAUCUCUGUCUUUGCACGCCUACUACUCCUUCUCGUCGUGAUAUCCUAUGACAUAGCCUGUCAGUGGAAAAUAAACCUUUUCAAGCGAAUGGAUUCCCUGCCCCCCGAGAUGCAAGUAUCGAUAGUGAUGAUGGCUCAGAUUCUCGUCUUUGGCAUUCCCAAGUUUCAUGCCCCGGGCCAUAAUCAGAAAUGCGCCACCGAACAUUCUCUCAACCUUAUAGCUGGGGCUGGUCGCACUGAUGGGGAGGGCAUCGAGCGUGGAUGGGCGGAAUUCAAUCUCGCCAGUAACAGCACCAAGGAAAUGACACUCGGGUUUCGGCACGACACCCUCAACAUUGUAUUCACCUCACACAACCUACGAAAAUACUACACUUUAGGGAAGACGCUUCGGGGCCGAUUACUUCUCGCAACGGAGGCGCACUCGAUUCAUAGAGACGCCCUGCUCGUCUUUGACGAGUCUAUCGAAGAAUCUGUCCGAUCAGAGUGGACAGCGAUGAAGGUCGCAUGGCAGAACGACAAGACCAAAUCAAAUCCGUUCCUACACACGCAAGGCGAUAUUUCAGAGUCUGAGAUUCGUGCACAGCUAGCGGAUUCAGAGAAAAGCAUUACAUUCUUGCCGCACGAUAUGUUGCCUAGCAAUUUCAUAAAAAUGGCUAUGAGCAUCGAAGACAAACAACGCCGCCUUAGCUCGGACAUGAAACGUGUGAAAGAGCUGACAGCCGAAGCUCGCGCCCAGAUCGAGCUCCGCCGAGUGAACCUCCGCGGCGACAUAGUAAAACUUCGAGAAGUACAGACCGUUUACAUGCCGGGAAUCGAGGCACUGAUCAAGCAACACGAACGUCUCGAUGGAACAACCUCGGGAUGUAGCUGGGAGGAUGAACGUCUCUGGCUCCCCUCGGGACUUAGCCCCGAAGAGCGCAGCAUAUGCACUCACGACGUUGAAAAGGCCGAAAGCAAGCUUCGACAAUGGGAGUGCUACUCGUCGCUAAAUAAGAUUCGGGGCCUCCUGCAAACCAAGUACCAUUUCUCGACUCACCAAAAGCUCCACUCUCGAGGACAGCGUGCGAUGACGCGCGCUUACAGACUCAUUAGCGACUAUGAGAGGAAGAUCCAGGCUGAACGUACCAAGUACGAUAAGGCCCUCAAGGCGCUUGAAUCCCUCGAAGGGCCAGACCUAUCCCGCUUUCGUUUACAGCCGCUCCACUCCAAAGAUAUUCGCGCUCUUCGCGAGCCCGAGAUUGAACCCAGCACGCCAUCACGUCGAGCACGUGAGAUGAAGAAGGGAUUAGGGGAAGGGCAUCGAACCGUCUCGUGGAUAUGGACGGCAAAACGGGGCGAUGGCUCCGAUACCGAGAAGGGGCUAGAUGAUACAGAAGGUCUCCGUGUCGAGUGGCUAAAGGCAUCCGAGCGUACAAAACGAUGGGAAGAGGAAGUCAGCUUACUGAAGGAGGAAAUGAGGCGGGUGCGGGUGUACCUGGAACACAAAGCGUGUUGGUGGGAAGGGCGCGCGUCUAACGAGAAGGUUCUGACGCGGCAGGCUUUGGCCGAAGGUGUGCAUGCUCAUGCUCUUCGUCAAGCCCGCCAACAGCGCCGGCUUCGAGAAGAGUUUACGCGCUUGUGGGAGCGUAAAUGGGGCUUCGAAGAGGCGGCAAGUUUGACGACGGUCGGAGGACAUCCCGACGUUGAUUCGGAUGUGGAGGAGCAAUGCGCGACGCCGCCAGGAGCAACGCGGGGAGGCGACGCGGCGGCGCGGGAAGCGGCGCGGCAGGGAGCAGCAGAAGGGGCAGCGCGGGAAGUGCGGGAAGCGGCGGGGAAGGAAGCGGCGGAAGCGGCAGAGCGUAGCGAUCAGAAUAGCUAA